CAGGUUAAUUAAAAUGCACGAACUGCAAUCAAGCAUUUAUUCCAUGAAAGGAAGUAUAUUAUACCCCUAUAAACCAUGUUUAAACUUGUUAAAUCUAGUUCAGUGGCUAAAAAUAUUGACAGUGGAAAUUUAUUCACAGUAACAUAGAUAAGUCAUGGCUGUCCCUGGUAAAAAGGUACCACGGAACUUAUCUUCAACCCUCUCUCAAGGUUCUGGGGAAGAUUUCGAAGUUUUCUGUCAGCCAUGUGACAGAGAUGACCUCAGACUACCUGCCGCCGGGUACUGUGUAGAUUGUGAAGAGCACCUGUGUGACUCAUGCUUUAACACCCACAGGAGACCAAAACCACUUCGACAUCAUAAACUCCUAGAUAAAGACAACAUGCCACACACUCAAAGUCUUUCUAAAAUAUCUAGUUCUACUCAUGUUCGCCAGCCAGACUACCUAACAAAUCCUUGCUCCAAACAUACAAAAGAAAUAAUCAAGUUCUACUGCCAUGACCAUAAAGCACUUCUAUGCAGUGUAUGUAUGACCCUUGACCAUACCCGUACAUCCUGCCAGGUCGACUACAUACCCGAUAUAUCAAGACAUAUCAUUGACAGCACUGAGUUCAAAGACACUCUUAAACAGCUUGACAAAAUAACUGAAAAAUGUCAGAAGAUUACAGCAGAUCUAAGGCAAAUGGUUGCAAAAUCAAAUACUUCUUUGACAGAUGUUCUCGUAGAAAUAAAAAAGUUCAGGAAAGAGAUUAACCACAGGUUAGAUGAACUUGAAAAGGAAGCUUCAGAUGCAGCAAAUGCUCUAAAACAAGAGAAUGACACAAGGUUGAAGACUACAGAAGAAACAUGUGAUAAUGUCAGUAAAGCUCUUAAAGCAUCAUCUGAUAUGAUAAAACAACUCAACAUAACAAAAAACGCAGACAGACUUUUCACUGAGCUUAAAAAUGCUGACCAACUUAUCCGAGAUAGUGAAAAUAGAAUGUCACAAGUAAAAACCACUGGAGCUACAAAAGAAUAUACAUAUGAUCCGAGUCAAGUCAUUCAAACACUUCUUUGAAAAGAGAAGUCACUAGGUACAAUAAAAGAUAAAAUAAUAAAACAGCCAAGUCCUUCUUCAAACCCGGCAGUAAAAUCAAAGACAAUUUCACCUCAUAAAAACAUCUGUGUAAAGACAUCAUCAGAUAAAAAAGACUGUUACAUAAUGGGAAUUGCAGCUUCUUUUCCAGACCAAGUAUUUCUAGCAGAUAAUAACAAUUGCACAAUUAAAAUGGUAGACAUCAAUACUCAAUCUAUUCAACAACUGAGCCUGGAUUCAUGGCCGAGGGAUGUCACCACAACACUCAGAAAUCAACUUGCUGUCACACUGCCAGAUAACCGCACAAUACAGUUGAUAUACAUCUACUCAAAUAGACUCUCUAAGAAAAACAAACUUAAAGUUGAUGGAUUUUGUUAUGGUAUCAGUUAUUGCCAGGGAAAACUUGCUGUAACAUUUACAAUGCCUGCAAAACUGCAAAUCAUGGACUUGAAAGGCACUGUACUAUCAACAGUCAUAACAAACACAAAUGGUGAAAACAUUUUCAGAUCCCCAGAAUAUGUGACCACCAUCAGCAAUGCUAUCUAUGUAUCUGACUGUGGAAUGCAUGAAGUUAUUUGGUUAAACUGGCAAGGAGAACUAAUGGGUAGUUAUAGAGGGAUGGGAUAUCCACAAGAUAUUGCCAUGUUAGAUAAUGGAUCAUUCUAUGUGAGUGAUACACAAAAAGAAAAAUGUAACAUACUCAAUGUAACUGGUGACUGUAAAGAGAGUACAACUGUACUGAAGGAUUUAGACUGUCCAAAGGCUAUUUGCUGGUGUGAUGCAAGCAAAACAUUUUAUGUCAGUAACUGUAGUGAGGACAAAAAAGAAAGAAACUUCAUUCAAAUCUACAAACUGUCAUAACAUAGAGAAUUGAUUUUCUCCUGAUGUAACAUCAAUGUGCAAACAACAUCAAAAUAAUGUAAAAGUUAUUUUUAGAUAAUCUUCAUAUUCUCAUUAAAAUUGCACAUGAAACGACAAGCUUUGAUAGAACAUCAGAUUCAGCUACUAAAAUAAUAUGUAAACUGGAGUUUUAUCCAUUUGACUUCAAAGUUCACAAUUUCAAGAAAGUGCACAUACAGGUUGGAAAUAAAAAGAAGCAGUCAA